AAGUCAGCCAUGACAGCGCCCACAGGCUAUGCCACUGUUCUUCCCUUCUAGUGUCAGUCUUUACUGCCCUUCUGGAAUUCUCUUUACCCACAAUCCCCCAAACAGAUAAGGAAGUGCAAUGGCUCGUGGGAAAACACUAUAAAAGCCAAGUCUGGAUGGAAAUGAGAUGAGCAGACCGCGACUACGCUUUUUUUUUUUUUUUUUUUUUGCUGUUGCGGUUUGCUCUGCAACCUGUGGUACUACAGCGCUCAUCGGGGCCAUGCUGGGAGUUGUAGCUGAAGGUUGAAAAACCUGAAAAGUGAUGUGCCUGGCUUCCUUAAGGUGACCGCACCCGCCUGCAGGGGGGAGGCUCCUUUAAGAAGCACACCUGGCCUGUACCUGAGCCGGUGACGUAGGACAGGUGCACACACAGGAAGAGGAAGGUGGCAGCCAUUAGGGAGCUGACACAGUGGCAGUCACUUCCUAGCAGCUCGGUCCCCUUCCUCCGUAUUACACGCACAAGUGUCACCAUGUCUGCCUCUGCCGUCUUCGUCCUGGACCUGAAGGGAAAGCCGCUCAUCUGCCGCAAUUACAAGGGGGACAUCAACAUGGCGGAGAUCGAUCAUUUUAUGCCGCUGAUCGUCCAAAGGGAGGAAGAAGGCAACCUGACGCCGCUUCUCAUCCACGGGAAAGUCCACUUCUUGUGGAUCAAGCACAGCAACCUGUACCUGGUUGCAUUAACCAAUAAGAACGCGAAUGCAGCUCUGGUCUACUCCUUCCUGUAUAGAGUUGUAGAGGUUUUUACUGAGUACUUUAAGGAGUUGGAAGAAGAAAGCAUCCGUGACAACUUCGUCAUUGUCUAUGAGCUGCUGGAUGAGGUGAUGGAUUUUGGGUUUCCUCAGACCACAGAAAGCAAAAUUCUGCAAGAAUACAUCACACAACAAGGCAAUAAACUGGAAACUGCCAAGUCUCGAGUUCCCACCACUGUGACAAAUGCAGUGUCCUGGAGGUCUGAGGGACUCAAGUACAAGAAGAACGAGGUCUUCAUAGAUGUAAUUGAGUCUGUCAACUUGCUGGUGAACACUAAUGGCAGUGUUCUACUGAGCGAGAUAGUGGGAAGCGUGAAACUCAAAGUCUUCCUAUCGGGGAUGCCGGAGCUGAGGCUUGGAUUGAACGAUAGGGUCCUCUUCGAGCUAACAGGACGUAAUAAGAAUAAGACCGUGGAGCUUGAAGAUGUGAAAUUCCACCAGUGCGUCCGUCUUUCCCGUUUUGAGAAUGAUCGCACCAUCUCGUUUAUACCUCCAGAUGGCGAUUUUGAGCUGAUGUCUUACCGUCUGAAUACGCAGGUCAAACCUCUGAUUUGGAUCGAAUCCGUCAUAGAGAAAUUCAGCCACAGUCGACUGGAAAUCAUGGUGAAGGCAAAGGGUCAGUUUAAGAAACAAUCUGUGGCAAACAACGUGGAGAUUUCAGUUCCUGUUCCAAGUGAUGCAGAUUCUCCAAAAUUUAAGACCAGCGUGGGCAAUGCUAAAUAUGUUCCUGAGAGGAAUGUGGUCGUGUGGACCAUCAAGUCAUUUCCGGGAGGGAAGGAGUACCUGAUGAGGGCGCACUUUGGACUACCCAGCGUGGAGACAGAAGAUCUUGAAGGAAAACCUCCAAUCAGCGUCAAGUUCGAAAUUCCUUAUUUCACAGUCUCUGGAAUCCAAGUUCGUUACAUGAAGAUAAUUGAAAAAAGUGGAUACCAAGCGCUUCCAUGGGUCAGAUACAUAACCCAAAGUGGAGAUUACCAGCUCCGCACAAACUGAAUGCAGCCGAGAAUCCAUCCGUGUGUGUGUGUGUGUGGAGCUCCUGUCCUACGUUUUCAUGUGGAGAAAGAAGAAUCCUAUUUUUGCUUCCCAUACAGUGUAGAAAACGAGCGCUGAACACUAGAUUGCUACCCGGGCGGCUCUUCUAUUUUAUCGAGUGGCUAUCAUCCUGCAGUAACCGAUCGAGUCCCGAUCGCUCCACCUGUCACCGGGAGGGGUCUGCUCCUUGCUGUGGGCACUUAUGAUGUACAUUUUAGAUGAAUGGUGCCCUCUUCAGGUCACAGUCUGGAAACACAGCCCUUUCCUAAAUUAAAAAAUAAAUAAAAAUAAUAAUAAAAAUCUCUGAGCCAAUGGUCUCCAAUCAGCAGUGAGACUAUAGGCCGGAGAUCACUGCAAUAAGGAAGAUGGAUUUUGUUGAAAUUCUUAUUCCUUUAUUAAAAAUUGAAUAUUAGAUUUUUAUUUUUUUUGUCUUAAAAUAAUUCUACAAAAACCUAAUUAAGUAAUAUUUGCCUUUUUAAACUUGGAAUGAUAUAAUUAUGUUAUUACUUUUAAUAAAUCUUAAAAUUUUGGUAAAGUGA